AUGGCUCCGAUCAGGGUCGGCAUCGUCGGCUACGGCUUCUCCACCAAGUGCUUCCACCUGCCCUACAUCCUUCCGAACCCGGACCUCGAGGUCUACGCCUUCCUGCAGCGCGCCCCCGCCCCGGCCGGGCCGGCGCCGCCCGGGAAGCAUUGCGCCAUCGAUUUCCCGCGGGCCAAGCACUAUAGGACGGCCGAAGAGUUCUUUGGCGAUGCCGAGAUUGAGCUGGUGGUUGUGUGCACGCACUUGCACGAGGAGUUUGUCGAGCGGGCUUUGAGGACGGGCAAGCAUGUCGUCGUGGAAAAGCCAUUCGUCACCACCAGCGCCGAGGCGGACCGACUUAUCAGCCUGGCCAAAGACUGCAAGAAAGUGCUAACCGUAUUCCACAACCGCAGAUAUGAUAGCGACUUCCGCACGCUGCGUCAGCUCAUGGCAAAGGGUGCCCUCGGCGACGUCAGGGACGCGCAGGUCCAUUUUGACUUCCCCGGCCCUUCCUGGAUCUCGGGGUGGACGGCCAAGGAGUACAAGCCCGGCCAAGGCAUGGGUUUCGGGCUAGGAUCGCACACUAUCGACCAGGCCCUGGUCCUGUUCGGCACCCCCGCCUUCGUCACGGGGUUUUUCGCGUCCAACAGGGGGGUUGACAGCGACGUCGACGACACCUUCACCAUAAUCCUCCAGUAUGCGGCGCCGCACAAGAACCUCCUCGUCACGGUCAAGACGUCGAUAAUUACGCCCAUGAAGGACCAGCUCAAGUUCUUUGUGCGCGGCACCGAGGGCAGUUAUCUCAAGUUCGGAUACUGCCCCCAAGAAGCCCGUGCCAUCGCCGCACCAGGAAAACCCGCGUCGGGCUACGACGACUUCGGCGCCGAGGACCCGAGCAUCUGGGGCACGCUGACGACCAAGACGGCCUUCGACCCGGCCUCGCAGGCGCUCGACGGGGCGAGCGGCUACCAUAUCGGCAGGUACCCCAGCCUGCCGGGCUACUGUAGGGGCUACUACGAGAACGUGGUGGACGCGAUUAGGGGCAAGGGCGAGGUCGAGGUCAGGCCCGAGACGGCGCGGGACGGGCUCAGGGUCAUCGAGCUGGCGAGGGAGUCCCACGAGAAGGGGACAAAGGUGGCUUGGCGCUGA